CCCCAUCUCCCGGAGGAGAACUCGCCCGGGAGGAGCAAGCAGAAAGACUCCAGCGCGCCUGGAGAGGAGCGUCUUCCUCUCUCCUUUGCAGCCAUCACGAAAGGGAGGAGUUGAAACUUGAUCCAACUCCUGAGCAACUCCAAGGGAUUGGAUCUUCCCUGCUAAGAGCCGGGAGAAGUCCCCGGCCCAAAGAAGCUCGAGUUUGUCAAAAGAACAUGAGCGAAUUCCGGAUUGGCUGAAACGGCGUCCCCGGACCCCUCCCCUCUUGCACCUGAUGAGUGGGGUAUUUACUGCACUUUUCAAGGAGUUCUUUGCACUACAUAAUUUUGCUGCAUGGGGCAAACAGAAGAGGAGAUGUUCUAGAGGACCAAUGUCCCUGCAGUGAUUCUUCUCUCUUCUGCUGCUCGAAAGUUGGGAACCGUUAUUCCUCAGCGAGAGGAAAUCCGGGAAGGGGGAAGCAGUCCUUGUGUUUCAAAAUGCCACGGUCCUUCUUGGUGAAGAAACAUUUCAACGCGUCCAAAAAGCCCAACUAUAGUGAACUGGAUACGCAUACAGUGAUAAUUUCCCCAUACCUUUAUGAGAGCUACCCAGUGCCGAUAAUUCCACAACCAGAAAUCCUGAGUUCAGUUGCAUACAAUCCCAUCACAGUCUGGACUACAACUGGGCUGUUGCCUUCUCCCUUACCAAGUGAUCUUUCUUUUUCUGGAUAUCCUUCAUCUUUGGGAAGAGUCAGCCCACCCCCUCAUUCUGACACUUCGUCCAAAGAUCACAGUGGCUCAGAAAGCCCCAUUAGUGAUGAAGAGGAGAGAAUCCAGUCCAAGCUUUCCCACCCCCAUGCAAUUGAAGCUGAAAAAUUUCAGUGUAGUUUAUGCAACAAGACCUAUUCAACUUUCUCUGGACUUGCCAAACAUAAGCAGCUGCACUGUGAUGCCCAGUCUAGGAAAUCCUUCAGCUGUAAAUACUGUGAUAAGGAAUACGUGAGCCUGGGGGCUCUAAAGAUGCACAUCAGGACCCACACUCUACCUUGUGUCUGCAAGAUUUGUGGCAAAGCUUUCUCUCGACCCUGGCUACUUCAAGGACAUAUCCGGACUCAUACUGGAGAGAAGCCCUUUUCAUGCCCUCAUUGCAACAGGGCAUUUGCAGACAGGUCAAACUUGAGGGCCCAUCUGCAGACCCAUUCAGAUGUGAAGAAAUACCAGUGCAAAAAUUGUUCCAAAACUUUCUCUCGAAUGUCUCUUCUGCACAAACAUGAAGAAUCUGGCUGCUGUGUAGCUCACUGAGUUUACCUGUUUUCAUGCCUUUGCCACAAAUUAAGGAGACAUCCACCCCUUUCCAUGUAUUUGUUUGUCUGUUUCCCAAGAGGUGCAAAAGAAAAAAGUUUUAUUUCACUUAUUUUAAGCAUGACUUUUCUGUAACACAAAAGUAAUGAGACAUAUAGAAGAAGAUGCAAAUGCCAAAUUGACUUUGUAUAAGAAUAUAUCACAGUUAAAAUUACUGUUCAAGCCAAAGUGUCUCAAAGAACCAAAAUUUUGCUACAUACCAAGUAACACACGUGCUUGUCAGCGUCUUCUACAUGAAGUCAGUAAAUGUCAAAUAUUUUUUAGCAUAGUGUGCUUCUUGAUGAGUGAUCUGAAAUGUCUGAAAAUCGCAUCAUUUCAAAGAAACAGAAGAAUGUAUGUCCAAUUGUUUGCCAUGUUUUAACAGAAUGUGCCUUUGUAAAACUGCCACAUUUUUGAUGAUGCUUCCUUUAUUUUUAACAAAACUUUGGGCUUGUGAACGUAUUGUUAAAAUGGGAAUAAGUGCAAGAGUGAGGGAUGGUGGAUAACAAUGGAUAUCUUUAAAGCUUUAUUUUCCUAAUUGCACAAAGGAAAUGCAAUACCGUGAGUAAUCUCCUCAAAUGAGCAAUACCAUUCGAGUGCCUUUUUAUAAAAAAACCAAAUUGAUAACCUUGUUUAAGGAUGUAAACGUAAUGUAAAUAAUUAUAUUUUUAUAUGACUGAAUGUGUUCUGAAAUGAAAUGUUAUCUAUUGCAAUGUGUAUGGGAAUCUUGAAAAAGUGAAGCUAAUUGUCUUAUAUUGUUUUCUAGAAUUAAUUUUUUUGUACAAUAAACAUUUUGGAGUAAUA